CUUUAAUGUGUAAUAUAUAUUGUUUUAUUUGCAAAUAUGACUUUCUUUGAUAUUUAAAAAAAUAUAUUACACGUGACAUCACAGUUAUGUCUCGCCGUCUUUACCUUCAAACCAGUGCGUAUGGACGGUGAGACAUAUACGUGAUGCCAUGUUUUGCACGUCUAAUCUUGAAUGAUUAUGUUACUGGUGUUGAGCGCAUUUCGGCGUGAUGCUAAUUUAUUAGCUCUGUUUACGUGGAAGGGUAAGCAUUAGAUAAAAAUGGGUAGUUACGAACGUGAGCAAGCAGCAUUACAGAAGCUGUGGGAAGAGUGUAUGUCCGAUGAUGAGAGUAAUAUAAGUGAAUUUGGGGACGUAUAUUUAUCAGAUGAAUAUAAACCUAAGUCAGACGAAGAGACAUCCAGUGACAACGAUAUUUUAGUGGAGCGUGCAAAGAGACGUAAAACUUCAAUCAAAGACUUGGGAGACAAUGCAGCAGGUCCAUAUACUGCAGAGCACAAUAUAAGCGUGGAUGCGGAAGACACAAUUCAAAAUGUAAUAGACGAUGUCAGUCCUCCAUAUGCAAUUGAAAGCGAAGAUGAAGAAAUGCAGACUCCUGAUUCUGGUGACAAUAUAAACUGGGGUCCUGUUGACGGUUCAUCACUCAAACAUUUUGGUUUUGCUGAAGCUGAUAUUGGAAUAAAGCCUGAAUUUUAUGAAAUUUAUGACAAGGAGCCCUAUGAUUUUUUCAAAUUAUUUAUUACUGAUGAGAUAAUAGAAUAUAUGGUAUAUCAAACAAUCCUCUAUGCUGAGCAAGUACUAAAGGAAAAACCGACGGCCAAAGGACAGGUGAAAAAAUGGGUUCCUACUACAAGCCAAGAAAUGAAAAAUUUUCUUGGAAUUAUAUUGUGGAUGGGACUUAUGAAACUUCCACGUCUAAAAGCUUAUUGGAGAACUAACAUUUUAUACAUAAACAAAGUAAAAGAACUCAUGGCCCGAGAUAGGUUUGAACAAUUAUUGAAAAUGUGGCAUUUCAACAAUAACGAAGAUGAAAGUUAUGCAAACGACAGACUUCGAAAACUGACACCUUUAGUGAACAAAUUAUUGGAUAGAUUUCAAAUGAUCAUCAAACCAGGGUCUGAUGUAUGCAUUGAUAAAACCCUCGUCCCAUUCCGUGGUCUCCUUAGAUUCAGGCAAUACAUAAAAAAUAAGAAAAAUAAAUUUGGAAUAAAAUUGUAUAAGUUAUGUACUGCCGGAGGUUAUACAUUUAAUUUGAAAAUAUAA